AUGAUGGGUAGUCAAACUAUUAAAUUAGAUUAUCCAGAUGAACUGAUAGAAACAGGUCCAAAACUUGAUCACGGUCUUGUUCGUUCCGAUUUAUAUCCAAAAGAUCGGCAAAAGUCAUGGAGUGCAGUAUAUUCAACAAUAGUUAAUUUUACAGUUAACGAUUUUCUUAAACGUGGCCAAAAGUUAUCCAUAUUAAAUAAAAUUAAAUGUUUCAAAAUGGCCAGUGAUAAUGAAAAAUCGUUUAUUAUUCCAAUUCAUCAUAAGCAUUUGAAAGACAAUCGAAAUUUAAAUAAAAAUAGCAAUCACAAUAACAUCGACAAUGUAACAACAGAUGAUAUAGAAAAAAUUAUUUUAAGUGCGUAUGAAACAGCAAAAGUAUUGAUAGAUAAUUUAGAAAUGUGCAAAUAG